CAGCCGCCUCCGCCGCCGCCGCCCGAGGGACCCGGCGGCCUGGCCUGGCCGAGGCGCGGGACGGACGGGGCGGGCCGCUGCGAGCGGAGCCAUGUCCAUGGAGGACCCCUUCUUCGUGGUGAAAGGGGAAGUUCAGAAGGCGGUGAACACUGCACAGGGGCUGUUCCAGAGAUGGACAGAACUCCUGCAAGAUCCAUCCACCGCUACAAGAGAAGAAAUUGACUGGACCACUAAUGAACUGAGGAACAACCUAAGGAGCAUUGAGUGGGAUCUUGAAGACUUAGAUGAAACUAUUAGCAUUGUUGAAGCAAACCCUCGAAAAUUCAACCUUGAUGCAACAGAGCUAGGAGUAAGAAAAGCCUUCAUCACAAGCACACGACAGGUGGUCAGGGAUAUGAAGGAUCAAAUGUCAAACACUUCUGUUCAAGCACUGGCUGAAAGGAAAAACAGGCAGGUCCUUCUGGGAGAAAGUGGAACUCAUGGCUGGAGUUCUGGGGCUGACAAGUACGGCCGCUUGGAUCGCGAAAUGCAGUCGGUAAAUUCCCACUUCAUUGAGGAGCAUCAAGCACAGCAACAGUUAAUCAUCGAACAGCAGGAUGAACAGUUGGAGCUGGUCUCUGGCAGCAUUGGUGUAUUAAAGAAUAUGUCCCAGCGUAUUGGAGGAGAGCUAGAUGAACAAGCAGUCAUGUUGGAUGACUUUUCUCAUGAGCUGGACAGCACUCAGUCACGAAUAGACAACGUUAUGAAGAAACUUGCAAAAGUGUCCCAUAUGACCAGUGAUCGGCGACAGUGGUGCGCAAUUUUCAUUCUCUUUGCUAUCCUGCUGGUGGUGCUUAUUCUGUUUUUUGUGCUGUGACGGACUGGCACACCGAUACUUUUCCUAGCUUCCUUCUUGAUGAAAUAUCAGAUAACUCUUUCUGCCCAGAGAGAAUUCCCAUCAUAGAAAAACGAUGCUCUUCUGUGAAUGGAACACUGGUGACAUGACUCACUCGCUCUCAUGGUUUUUCUGCCUAUCCUGCCUGAGGUGCAAAAAGGGA